AUGGAUCUGUCCAAGUACAUCGACUGCCUCUCGCAAUGGCCCGCCCACCUUCCGGCGGGUCUGCCCACUGUAGGCGCGCUGUUCCUCCUCGCAACGGGUGGAUUGGCGGUCGCCUGCAAGGUCUGGAGCUUCCUGCGGGUGAUCCUCAGUCUUUUCAUCCUUCCGGGCAAGCCGCUUCGUUCCUUCGGUCCCCCCGGUAGCUGGGCUGUGGUCACCGGUGCUUCCGAUGGCCUGGGCAAGGAGUUCGCGCUGCAGCUAGCGCGGGCCAAAUUCAACAUCGUGCUGGUAUCACGGACCGAAUCGAAGCUGGUUACCCUUGCGGAGGAAAUCACCAAGCAACACCCGAAUGUGCAGACCAAGAUCCUGGCGAUGGACUUCUCACGUAACGCCGACGCCGACUACGCCGCGCUGAGUGCGCUCGUCUCCGAUCUGGAUGUCUCGAUCCUGGUCAACAAUGUCGGCCAGAGCCACUCCAUCCCCGUUCCCUUCGCCCAGACUCCUGCCUCCGAGAUGGCUGAUAUCAUCACCAUCAACUGCACUGGUACCCUGCGUGUCACACAGCUGGUCGUCCCCGGUAUGCAGCAGCGCCGCCGUGGUCUCAUCCUGACCAUGGGCUCCUUCGGUGGUCUUCUGCCCACCCCUCUCCUGGCCACCUACUCCGGUAGCAAGGCUUUCCUGCAGCAGUGGUCCACUGCUCUGGGUGGCGAGCUGGCCUCCUAUGGCAUUGAGGUGGAGCUUGUUCAGGCUUACCUGAUCACCUCUGCCAUGUCCAAGAUCCGCCGUGCUUCCUCCACCAUCCCGACCCCUCGUGCCUUUGUCCGCUCGGUGCUCUCCAAGAUUGGCCGCCGCGGUGGUUCCUCUUCCUACGCUUACAGCUCCUCUCCAUACUGGAGCCACGGCCUCAUGGCCUGGUUUUUGACCUCUGUUGGCACCAUGAACGGUUUCGUGCUCAGCCAGAAUAAGUCGAUGCACGAGAGCAUUCGCAAGCGUGCCCUGCGCAAGGCCGAGCGGGAGGCUCAGAAGAAGAGCACCUAA